AUGAAACUCAACGUCGCUGUUAUCACCCUUGCUGCCAUGUUCGCCGCGGCGGCAGCUAGCCCUUUGAUGGAAGGUGAAAAGCUCGCAGAGGCACCUCACUCUGCUUACGCUGAUGGGAAAUUUGUGCAAGGGGCAUCGGGUAACCCACCACCUGCGCACUUAAUGGCACAAUCUCCGGCUGCUUCCGAGCGAAUUCGCGUUCCCGAAAACCUCGCCCAAAGUACAACAGCUUACAGGGAAAGAUACCAAGACCCUUCGAAGCGUGCUCAGGAUAUCAGCAACCGCUUGGCUUCCAUGCUUCUUGUACACCAUUCAACGCCCGAAUCUUUGAAUUCUAACAUUGUUCGACAAACCGCCGAAUUGAUAUCUGAGGGUAAUGAACAAGACCCAUCAGCCAAAAGUCUAAGUGAACACUUAAACCUCAUCGCGGCUGUCGUUGAGCAAAAGAGAACGUUGACCCCGGAAACCCGACGCGGAUUUGGACAAGCUGUCGACAACUACUUCAAAUCCCAUCCUAUCGUCCGUGAAAAGUAUGUUGACAUCAUCAAAAGAAUCAAUGCCCAACGAGCAGUUUGGCCUCAAGAAGUCACCCAUGCUAUUCGAAAUCUCGCGAAUCAAAACCACGUUCUCAGCGAGCACAACCAAAUGCUUAACCAACGACUUCACCGAACCGAAGGACUACUCGAGGGUCUUAUAUCGAUCCUUUCUCCAGAAGAUCAUAAAGCCCUUGUGAGCCACGUUCAAGAGAAACAAGCUCACGAUAGAGAAGCUUUCCGUCUUAGACAAGAAGAAGAACUUCGCCGGGCCAACGUCAACGGAGCUGAGAAGUAUCCUCAGGGCGAAUCUCACUAUGCUACUGCACCGGCUCAUCCUGUUACCAAACAAACUUCAGCUGAAGCGGAACGCAUCUACGGCCGAGAACCACACGCUGCUACUAAGUCUAGUGGCGUUGAUGCUCCGCACGGUGCACCAGCUCCCACUUCCGAGUCUCACCACAACUCGGCUGAUGAACACGAGUUUGAUGACGAAUAUGAUGACGAAGACCUUUACGACGACGACUAUGAUAAUGAAGACUGGGAAGACUGGGAAGAUGAGCCAACCGAAUUACACAAUACUCCAGAACACCGAGGAAAAGCCGAAGAAUCCCAGGCCGCCGGCCCAGCAGUCAACACCCAUCCCGCUCCAAGCAACGAAAAAGCUGCUCCGGCUCCGGCCUCUGAGACUGUUCAUCAAUGA